UGUGACCCACUGUGGAUGGACCAUCACGCAAAUUCUCCUAGACGGAAAGAUCCUUCAGACCAAUUUUGGGCCCUUUUUCUGAUUGAAUGUGAACCGUCUCUAUUGCUUAAGGCAGACAAGUACCAGCAUCAGUCUCUUCUGCAAUUGAUUGUCAACUGCAUACUGCAUAAAAUGGCUAUGUACAUCCGUGUCAAGCGGAAUAAGACAACCUACUUUGUGCAAUGCGAUCCAACCGAAACAGUUUUAGACAUCAAGCAGAAGCUGCAUUCUCUCAUUGACCAGGCAGUCAACAAUCAGCGUCUAAUUCUGAAUGCUACCAGUGAAGUAUUGGAUGAUUCAAAGACAUUGGCAGAGCAGAAGGUCGAAAAUGAUGCUAUUGUGGUGCUGACACUGAGAAAAGAUGACAAUGAGUUUGAGGAUGUGAACAUUGUGCGGCCAGAUGAUUUGUAUCAUUCACGUGAUGCAGAUGCCAGUCUAAGCUGGUAAGCUCCAAACUCAGUCAAAAUGAACAUGGGCUAUGAAAUAUUACUUUGAUGUGUAAUGUGUGAGAAUUAAGCUGAGAAUCGGCGACAGUCUGUUAAUCUCACCACAUUGUAGCUUCCUAUGUACUAUAAACGACGAUUACUUCCAUGAAAAUCGUACUGUUGGAACUUGAGAAAUGAA